AUGGCGUCUAACAAGGUUACAGACAACUAUGUGCAGCCAGCCAUACCAUGCUUUUAUGGUCAUUAUGAUCAUUGGAGCAUGUUGAUGGAGAAUUUCCUGAGGUCUAAAGAAUGCUGGACUCUCGCAGAAACCGGUAUAGUAGAACCGGAAAGUGGAGUGGUGUUGACGGAGAUACAACAAAAGAAAUUGGAUGAAUCCAAGCUGAAAGAUCUGAAGGCGAAAAAUUACUUAUUCCAAGCUAUUGAUCAUUCCAUCUUGGAGACCAUUCUCCAAAAAGAUACUUCCAAGCAAAUUUGGGACUCCAUGAAGAAAAAGUACCAGGCUCAACAAAGGUGA